UACCUUGUAAGUUUGCAUUCAAUAAUAAGCGAGAACGCAUGUGAGCACAUAAAAAUGUUUGACAAGUCUCAACUUGAUCUUCUAAAGCAAUUCAUCUCUGCCAUUAAGGCAAAACCUGAUAUUCUCUAUUCGAAAGAUCUUUCAUUUUUCAAGGAAUGGUUAAUCAGUUUGGGAGCAAAUUUGCCAGAGCCUUCUCAACCAAAAAGCUCAUUUGAAUCAAAACACAAUAAACAUGAAGACGAAGAUACCGAGAUGCCUGAUAUCGAAGAAAUUUCUGCUGAAAAGGUCAAAACAGAUCAUGUUCAUCAUGAGGAGGACAGUAAUGAAGAUAUCAUAGAAAGUGAUGUUGAUAUAGAAGAAUUAGAUGGCAUUAUAAAAGAUGAAUUAGAAGUUGAUCUUCAAAUGGGCGAUGAAUCUAUUGAGGUCUCAGAAGAAAUGAUUGAAGAAUCCAAUGUUAAAAGGUGUGCGGCUCAAUCAGCUCAGGAAGAAGGUAACUUUGAUGAAGCUUUAAAAGGAUUUACAGAAGCUAUACUUGUAAAUCCCAAAUCUGCGAGUCUUUAUGCCAAACGUGCCAGCAUUCUUCUUAAAUUAAAGAGACCAAAUGCUGCAAUAAGCGAUUGCAAUAAAGCAUUAAGCUUAAACAAAGAUAGUGCUCAACCUUAUAAAUGGAGGGGGAGAGCAUACAGAUUAUUAGGAAAGUAUGAAGAGGCUUACCAUGAUUUUCAAACUUCGUGUCGAUUAGAUAUGGAUGAAACUACUUACGAAUGGCAAAAGGAAGUGGAACCCAAUGCUAAGAAAAUCAUGGAACAUAGAAGAAAGUAUGAAAGGUUGCGUGAAGAAAAAGAAAUUGAAAAAAAACUAAAAGAAGCCAAACGAAGAAAGGAAGAAGCACAAAAACAAUAUGAGCAUUCUAAAAAGCAAAACACAACUGGGGCUUCAGGAGGAUUUCCAGGGGGGUUUCCAGGAGGAAUGCCAGGUGCUGGUGCAGGAGGAAUGCCAGAUUUAAAUGCUUUAUUUAGCGAUCCGGAACUAAUGGCAGCUAUGCAGGAUCCAGAAGUAAUGGCAGCGUUUCAAGAUGUGAGCAAAAAUCCUGCUAACAUAAGUAAAUACGAAAAUAAUCCUAAAAUCAAGAAAGUAAUUGAAAAGUUGCAAACAAAAUUCGGUGCUGGUGGCAUUUAAAGAAAACAGACGUCAGUCAGUUAAGUGAGGUUUCUAUACAAGAUGCUCAGAGCCGGAAUGGCAAAUCCGAUUGAAAAAUGUUCCUUUAAAUGAGUAAAUGACAAAAAUUGUUUAAUUUUCUUAUACCUGUAAACUUAAUUGUUAAAUAAAUAUUUAAAAAAUCAAAAAUGAAACAAAAA